CCAUGGGCCAGAGCUCGCCAGAUCUUACACGUCAGCUCUACUCCGGAAUGGCUGCCAUGUCGGGAAGAAGAGUUUGCUGAAUUAGAAGCUGCUUUGGAGGAUUCAAUCGAUGAAAGCAGUGGGUGCUGUCUAUAUAUAUCCGGGGUUCCGGGUACAGGCAAGACCGCAACCGUCCAUAGCGUCAUCAACUCAUUGCAAGGUAAAGUUAAGCGGGGUGAGCUACAUCAGUUCAGCUUUUUCGAAAUCAACGGCAUGAAAGUUACCGAGCCCAAUCAAGCCUUCGUCCUCUUCUGGGAAUUUCUAUCGCGGCAAGAACUCGGUGAAGAUGCUCCAAGGAAAUUUUCACCUCGCGAAGCUCUGAAUAGCUUGGAAAAUCAUUUCAAUUCGCCUUGUCCAACACGUCAGACUUGCGUACUGCUGGUAGAUGAGCUUGAUCAAUUAGUUACUAAGAAGCAAGAAGUCAUCUACAACUUCUUCAAUUGGCCGAAUCAACCUCAUUCGCGCUUGAUUGUAAUUGCAGUCGCCAAUAAAAUGGAUUUGCCGGAGACCGAGUUAAAUGGUAAGAUCAGGUCAAGAUUAGGCUCCAACCGAAUUCAAUUCAAGCCCUACAACCAUAUCCAAUUAAUGGAAAUUCUAAAUAUGCGAUUGGACGACUUGAGUGAUACAAUAUUUGUAAAGGAUGCUAUUCAAUGGAUUUCAAAGAAGAUUUCAUCUUUGACAGGCGAUGUCCGUAAAGCGUUAGAUUUAUGUAGAAGUACAUUGGAACGAGUUGAGAAGGAA